CCGCCCAUCAAUCCAGAGGAAAUACGGGAAGAGCAGAAAGAAACCCAAGCAAGCAAGAGUGUAUUAAUAAAGCAACGUUAACAUUUAAGACAGUUGCCUGUUUAUGUCACGGGACGAAAUCUGAUCGCAGUCCAUAUUAUAUGGUUACAAAAUAUGGAUCUCAGAUUCAUAACCAGAAGACACUACAGUCUCUUACUAUGUGGGGUCAUAAUAUAUCUUAUCUACGGUACGCUUUUGGUCACGGCUAUUGAGGUGUAUGCCCCUGAAGACGCAUUCUUUGAAAAUGGGACCACAGGAACGCUUAAAUGUUCUUUCAAAUCAAAAGAAGUUGUCAGCAGUGGAGCUUCAGUUACUUGGUCUUUUGCACCGGAAGGAGCAACAGACAACCCAACUUCAUUCUUCUAUUAUACUGGUGGCAAGUCAUACCCAGGAUCUCUUGCACAGUUUGAAAAACGAGUAAAUUGGGUAGGAGACCUAAACAAAAAAGACGCAUCAAUUCAAGUUGCCCAGAUGCAAUUCAGUGACAAUGGCACAUACUGGUGUGAUGUGAAAAACCCACCAGAUAUAACAGGAUCAGCUUCACAUAUAAAAGUUAGGGUUGUUAUAAAAGAAUCCCUACCUCAAACCAGCCCAGCUAUUAUUGCAGUUGGAGUGAUAGCAGCGGUUAUAUGUCUGAUUGUCAUUGCAGUUGUCACUUAUUUCAUCAUUAGGAGGCAGGAGCCAAGUCAUGGCUAUGAUGGCUGCAACUCCAAUGACACCAUUAGCUCCCAAACCCUACGUCAAGGAAAGAAGGCAGAGUCCAGUAUGGAGAGUUCAAGGUGUAGCAGCCCAUCGGCUCCUGUUCAGGGGCCGGUGAUUUAUGCUCAACUUGAUCACUCUGGCAACAAGAACUCAUCUGCAUUCCACAAGGUGGAGCCAGUGGUCUAUGCUGACAUCCGUAAAAACUAGAUCAUCAAGAGGAGACCAGAUGGGACUGGGCUUUAGGAGUCAUUGUUCGCUGCUUCUGAAUGGAUUACUGCUUUGAUGAUUUUGUGUUAAAAUGUGAUGCAUUGUGGUUUAUAAAUUGCAUGUCAAGUUAUAUGUAGAGACCAUAGCAGUCUAGAUAACACUAGAUCUUACAAUGUAAGUCAUUUGGCUGGAAGAUUGAUAUGAUUGGCCAUAUAUUUUGGAUGCUUGUAGUGUUGCUCUUGCUCACUAAUAAGCAUCUCACUUAGUCACCAUGAAGGUAUCUCUAUGGUUCUGUAAACUCUGUGUUGCAGUGCAUCUAACAAUGUCUUGUAAAUACCGCUACUAAUGUUAAAUAAUGAUACUAGAUAGAAAUUAGAAAUUUGACCACAGAGCAAUGUGAACAGAAUUUUAUUGUACAGAAGUGUUGUGCUUGUCUGUAAUUUAUUAAGUAACAAGCACAAAGAGUACUUUAACAUCUGAAUAUGAUACAGUGGGGAGAUGAGAGUAUCAUAAUUCCUAAGAAAUGUUGAACAGGCAGUUCUUGGUUUAAACUUAACGUUCAUACAAAUUUAGCAAAUUAUACAUUUGCUUUUCUCUGCUUUUGAUGCCACCUUUGUAAUUAUGUUUUUUUAAAGAUGUGUGUAUUUCUUUUAUAUAUAUUGCAUUGUGAUUAGUUUUAGCUUUGGUAUCAAACUUUAAUUUCAGAGCCAUCACUGUUAAACCUUUGGCGUAAUUUUACCAAUGCAUAUGUUGUAUGCAAAUACACAUAUUUGUGUGACACCAAGGCAUGUAACCACCCAAAGAAUGUUAGAUUUGCUACUGAUUUUUUUUUUUUUUUAAAUAACCACCACAAAUAUUAACUUGAACCACAAUUAGUUUGUUACUUCCAGCCUGGUUUUAGUUUAUUUCAAACUAGAUCCUCUCUUAAUGUCUUAAUUUGUCUUCCAUUCUUCCAUGUUUUGACAAAUCUUGUAUGGUCAGUGUCUGCAACACUAUGGGCAGGUUUCUUGUGCAUGGAUUAAGCCUAGUCCUAGUCCUAGACCAAAAGAAAACCCCAGUUGAAAGGACUAGGCUUAAUCUAUAUACUGGUUGAAAGUGUCAACAGUGAAAGCCAUUCCUUUCCAAUUUUUUUGUACGGUCUACUUAAUUAAUCAAUUUACAUAAUCUAAUCUAGUGAUUCAUUCCAGUCUAGUAAUAAGGAGAAGGUGUGUGAGUGUUUGGUGUCGUACCAGUCGUAGUUGUAAGACCCAUAGUUUGAUCAGACAUGAAUAUCAGUGAGUAAAUUGUGUGCGUUGCCUUAUUGUUUAACGGUUUAUUAUUGCUGUCAAGGUAUUGUUGACAGUUGCUGUACACACCUGAUGGCCUUCAUAACACAUGCAUAUGCAGGUUUUCUCUUGUUCCCUUGUAUGUGGCCAUUUAGUUACUAGUGCCAGAUAUCUUUAAAAUGGCAUGACCAGUCUCUCAGUACCAUAUCUGAAGUGUAUUUUACAUUUGCCUUUUGCUGUAUUUGGUACACUCCAUCAUGACUGUUUAUGCAGCCUUAUACACAGGUUUACCCAACUUACUUUGUAGACAUUCCUAAACCAGUGACCAAAUGCUGGAUUGCUUAUUUUGCAGUGAGGUGGGUGAGUGAACGAGCGAGCAAGCCUACCUUUUUUCUAAUCUCAAAAUGCCUUUGUUAUCUGAAUGUUUUUGCUACCAAGCAUUCCAUUUAUGUUUUUGAGAAUGAAAUGUAACCUUUCCUAGGGUAUGCAUCUAUUUUCAAUUGUCUUGCCAUAACUGCACUAUUUCCUGUGUAUUGGUUCCAAACAAGCACUACUAAACCUGUUAUAUUUGUCCCUGUGUCUCAGAACUGGAAUGACAUUUAAAAAAAAAUAGUGCCUUCAUUUCACCUACUAACUUAAAUGGCUGAAACUCACUGAAGUUGAGGAGUCGGAUUUACUUGUUUCAUUGUACUUUUGUUUAUGACAACAUGUACCAGAUGCUCCAAUUUUAUAUAAAAUAAAUGUCAAAGUUACCUACAA